GCUGCUGAAGUCGAUGUCAGGCUGAUCAAAGUGAAUAGCAAUUAGCACUGUUUUGAAUUGAGGAAAACGCGCCAUAGCUCCUCUGGUCGUCCUUAUCGUGCUGAAUAAGCACAAGUUAUGAAAAAUAGAAACGGUUCCCCUGCACAUUCACUUGUCAAAGGGAACCUUUCAUGGAUACGCGUAACACAAUGCGGCGAAAGUUAAGACGGGUGCAGGGACCAGCGGCGGACGCACUGAACGGGAACAUGAAGCGGGACGUGGGGAAGGUUCUGCGGAACAUCCCCGUACAGGGGAACAACGAGGAGUCCACGAUGGAUGUACACAUGGAGGACAAAGAUGACCCCAUGGAGCAGGACUGUUUCUCUAAUGCCUUCUUCAAGAACGAGAACUUGGAGAAUGCUAUGAUUAUGGCUCCGCGCUACAGCCUGCUGAGGGAGGUGGGUCGCGGCAGCUACGGGGUGGUUUACGAGGCCGUGGCCCGCAAGACUGGGGCCCGAGUGGCCGUCAAGAAGCUCCGGUGCGAUGCCCCGGAGAACGUGGAGCUCGCCCUGGCCGAGUUCUGGGCCCUGGCGAGCCUGGAGAAGAAGCACGAAAACGUCGUUCAGCUCGAGGAGUGCGUUCUGCAGAGGAAUGGGCUCGCGCAGAAGAUGAGCCAUGGGAACAAGCGGUCCAAACAGUACUUGCGACUCGUGGAGACCUCUCUGAAAGGUGAGCGCAUCCUGGGUUGCCAGCAGGAGCCGUGUUACCUGUGGUUCGUCAUGGAGUUCUGCGAGGGUGGCGACCUGAACCAGUACAUCCUGUCGCGACGGCCGGACCCGCGCACCAACCGCAGCUUCAUGUCGCAGCUGAGCCGCGCCGUGGCCUUCCUGCACCAGAACAACAUCGUGCACCGCGACCUCAAGCCCGACAACAUCCUCAUCUCGCAGAAAUCGGGCCGGCCCGUCAUCAAGGUGGCCGACUUCGGCCUCAGCAAGGUGUGCGCGGGGCUCACGGCCGAGCAGGACGUUAGCGGUAACCACGGCAAAGACGCCGGCACGACGGGAGGCGGCAACGGUGGCAACGGGAACAUCAACCGGAACGCCGUGAACGUCAACAAGUUCUGGCUGUCGUCGGCGUGCGGCUCGGACUUCUACAUGGCGCCGGAGGUGUGGGAGGGUCACUACACGGCCAAAGCGGACAUUUUUGCCCUGGGCAUCAUCAUCUGGGCCAUGGCGGAGCGCAUCACCUUCAUCGACGGCGAGAGCAAGCGCGAGCUGCUGGGCUCCUACGUGCGGCGCGGCACAGAGAUCGUGCCGGUCGGAGAGGCCAUGCUCGAGAACCCCAAGAUGGUGCUGAGUAUCCCGGCGCGGGCUCGCUCCGCCAUGAGUGAUGCUCUGCGGCGCCUCCUCCUGGACAUGCUGGCCGUGAACCCGCAGGACCGACCCGACGCCACGCAGCUGCAGACACGCAUGGACCAGAUCACCUGCGCAGCCUGAUACGCAUGCACAGGUGCCACAAGGGAAUGAAGAGUGUCAGGAGAACUGUGAAGCACCAGGAAAUGACCCAACCAACCAAUGCCAUUGGACAGCCAGCGCAAUCAUACACACUCCUGUGGACCUCGUGCACACACACACACACGCACACACACACGCACACACACACACACACACACACUAAUGUUAGGCCCUUGUCAGUGUCAUGGAAUGUUCCACGUGUAUAGUACUGCACCUUCCUCACCCUCUGCUGACUGACAUAAAACACACACACACACAACAAACACACACACACACACACACACACACACACACACACACACACACACACACACACACACACACACACACACACACACACACACACACGACACAGUCGUUAAGUAUACAGUUCCACCACUACCUACCUCCUCUCCAUCAGUUUACCAUCAAGAUAUUACAUAUACAAUACAUAAAUUCACUCCACUCA